AUGAAGAGACUGAUCACUUUUAGCCAACGGGACGUUGCAACGGUCGAAAUUGCUACUGGUAGAUCUGUGUCUUUAAGAUUAGAUCUAUUUUCUGAUUUGAAAUAUAACCCAAAAAAAAGACUUACUUGUCAGCUGAGACCUCUUGCUUGUUCCCGUAAUAUCCUUCAUCGUCCUCAUGGCUCUGCUAGUUGGUCAGAAGGGGAUACAAAAUUUCUAGCUGCAGAAUACAGACCUAAAGCAGGAACGAAGAAGAACGAAAAUGCUGAGAAGGCUUGUUUUGAAGUCAUAUGGAAGCCUUAAGCCGGAUAGAUUGGAAAAGUUGAAAGGGAGUAUAAAACGAUACUCAAAAGGACGUUACAGAGUAUUUGUGUUUUGACAGUUGUUCCAAAUAGCACCAUCUCAGUGAUAAUUCAGGUUGUACAUGAUGGUGGUUCUGUAUCGUUUUUAUGUUCCUUGCACCUUGGUAAAUAUUUAUUGAUGCUGUCUAAAACACAUAUAAUCCGGUAUAAACAAUGUCUGUUUGAGUAUUUAUAGAGUUUAUAGUAGUGAAAGUUUGUAAUCCCGUAAGCUGAGAGUGUGAAUAUGUUUUUGUG